GGGGGAGGCUGGACACACUGUCCGCGUUAGGAAGGGCGGUGUGGAGCAUGCCCUGGGUCGGGAGAGCCCGGGUCCCAGCGAGACUGUGAGACUUGCGUGCAGGUCCCAUGGCAGACGCCCAGUACAUCCUGCCCAAUGACAUCGGUGUGUUUAGCCUGGACUGUCGUGAGGCCUUCCGUCUGCUGUCACCCACAGAACGCCUCUAUGCCCACCACCUGUCACGGGCUGCCUGGUACGGAGGCCUGGUUGUGCUGUUGCAGACCUCCCCUGAGGCCCCCUACAUCUAUGCCCUGCUCAGCCGCCUCUUCCGUGCACAGGACCCUGACCAGCUGCACCAGCAUGCCCUGGCUGAGGGCCUCACCGAGGAGGAGUAUCAGGCAUUCCUGGUAUAUGCUGCGGGUAUCUACUCCAACAUGGGCAACUACAAGUCCUUUGGCGACACCAAAUUUGUUCCUAACCUGCCCAAGGAGAAGCUGGAACGAGUGAUCCUGGGGAGUAAGGCAGCUCAGCAGCACCCGGAAGGAAUCAGGAGCCUCUGGCAGACCUGCAGGGAGCUCAUGUUCUCUCUGGAGCCCAGGCUUCGACACCUCGGGCUGGGGAAGGAGGGAAUCACUACCUACUUCUCUGGGGAUUGUACCAUGGAAGAUGCCAAACUGGCUCAAGACUUUCUGGACUCACAGAACCUCAGUGCAUACAACACACGACUCUUCAAGGGUGUCAGCGUGGAUGGGAAGCCCUGCUACGAGGUGCGGCUGGCUUCUGUGCUUGGCAUGGAGCCCACUCUGCAUUCUGAAAUGACUUCCAAGCUGAAGAACUAUGAAUUCCAGGGGUGCCAUUUCCAGGUGACUCGGGGAGACUAUGCGCCUAUUCUCCAGAAGGUGGUGGAGCACCUGGAGAAAGCCAAGGCAUAUGCAGCCAACAGCCGGCAGGAACAGAUGCUGGCUCAGUACAUAGAAAGUUUCACCCAGGGCUCCAUUGAGGCCCACAAGAGGGGCUCCCGCUUCUGGAUACAGGACAAAGGCCCCAUCGUGGAGAGUUACAUCGGGUUCAUUGAGAGCUACCGAGACCCCUUUGGUUCCCGUGGAGAGUUUGAAGGCUUUGUGGCCAUGGUGAACAAGGCCAUGAGUGCCAAGUUUGAGUGUCUUGUGGCAAGUGCGGAACAGCUGCUGAAGGAGCUACCCUGGCCCCCAGCCUUCGAGAAAGACAAGUUCCUCACCCCUGACUUCACCUCCCUGGAUGUUCUCACCUUCUCUGGCUCUGGCAUCCCUGCUGGAAUCAACAUCCCCAACUAUGAUGACCUGAGGCAGACGGAUGGCUUUAAGAAUGUGUCGCUGGGGAAUGUGCUGGCUGUGGCCUAUGCCACACAGCGGGAGAAGCUUACCUUCCUGGAAGAGGAUGACAAGGACCUGUAUAUCCGCUGGAAGGGGCCCUCCUUUGAUGUGCAGGUGGGACUGCAUGAGCUGCUGGGCCAUGGCAGCGGCAAGCUGUUUGUACAGGAUGAGAAAGGAGCACUUAACUUUGACCAGGAGACCGUGAUCAACCCAGAGACGGGUGAACAGAUUCAGAGCUGGUACCGGAGUGGGGAGACCUGGGAUAGCAAGUUCAGUACCAUCGCCUCUAGCUACGAAGAAUGCCGGGCUGAAAGCGUGGGCCUCUACCUCUGCCUCAACCCGCAAGUGCUGGAGAUCUUUGGCUUUGAGGGGGCUGAUGCAGAAGAUGUGAUCUACGUGAACUGGCUCAACAUGGUUCGGGCUGGGCUGCUCGCCCUGGAAUUCUACACCCCUGAGGCCUCCAGCUGGAGACAGGCCCACAUGCAGGCCCGAUUUGUGAUCCUCAGGGUCCUGCUGGAAGCUGGCGAGGGACUUGUUACUGUCACUCCCACCACAGGCGCUGAUGGGCGCCCAGAUGCUCGGGUCCGCCUCGACCGCAACAAGAUCCGGCCUGUGGGCAUGCCCGCCCUGGAGAGGUUCCUGAGGAAACUUCAGGUGUUCAAGUCCACAGGAGAUGUGGCUGGAGGCCGGGCUCUGUAUGAGGGGUAUGCAGCAGUCACUGAUGCAUCCCCUGAGUGCUUCCUCACCCUCAGGGACACAGUGCUGCUCCGCAAGGAGUCUCGGAAGCUCAUCGUUCAGCCCAACACUCGCCUUGAAGACUCAGAAGUACAGCUUCUCGAGUAUGAGGCCUCUGCUGCUGGCCUCAUCCGAUCCUUCUCCGAGCGCUUCCCAGAGGAUGGGCCCGAGUUGGAGGAGGUCCUCACUCAGCUGGCCACAGCCGAUGCCCGGUUCUGGAAGUGCCCCAAUGAGACCUCAUCCAACCAGGCUUGAGAGAUUUAUGCAGCUCCUCCCCCAACUCCACCAAACCAGGGUUGCAAGUGACCCCCCUUUCAUUUGUGUGCUAGGGGAGGAGCAGGAGCUCGCACCUUGGUUCUACCUCAGCCAAGGGUGGUGACACUAACCCCUUCCAUUUGUCGGCACUUGCCAGUUUACCGAGUGCUUCUCCUGUGUUAUCUCAUUUGAUCUGCACUGCCCUUGGGAAGAGUGGGCAAGGCCGGGCUCCUUAUGCUGCUUCCCAGAUAAGGGAAUGGAAGUUCUGAGAACUGACUGUCUAGAUGCUACAGGACUCAAAACCUCUCCCAAUCCAGUGCUCUUCAUUACUUUUAUAACCAGAAAAAUAAACAUUAGAAACAACCACCA